UCCAGGUUGAGCAUCUUCUAGCGAUAUGUUCCUGCCUGAGAAAAUUGUGUUCUGUGUUGAUAUAGGUGAAGAAGCCGGCAGCGGGCUACUUACACACCCUCCAGUAACCCGUCUCGAAUGGGCAAAGCGGCUAAUGAAACGGUUCGUAUUUCAAAAAUCACGCUUGAAUCCUGCCCACCAGUUUGGAAUCUGCACAGCAGGUGUCAUAACGUUGUGGCAUGCACAGUUUUCAUCGGAUGAAAACGCAAUUGAUAAGGCAAUAGAGCAGAUUCAGUCUGAAGAUGAGCGAACGGAAUGGAACAUGCAAACACUUUUUGAAGCAUUAGCCGAACACAUCCCUAACAAUGAAAGCGACUAUGUUUUACGAGUGAUUUUAAUAUAUUGCAGAAGCAAUGUGCCGCCUCCACCAACCCGCGAAUAUAAAUACCUGUUGGACAACCCACGGCUUUUCUUUGAUUGCGUAUAUCUUCAUGAUAAGGAAUCAGCGGAAAACAACGUACAGGCAAUAUACGACGCGUUGAUUCAACUUGAGGAUGAAGGCAAAAACCAACUGUUUGAAGUUACGAGAGAAAGACGCAGAUUUACGAUAGCCAUGACCAAACUACUCGCACAUCCCCAGCAACGUUACCCGGGAGACGAUUCAACUUGGCUUUUGCAACCGUCUCCUGCAGUUUUAUGAUAGAUCGCCUAUCCUCGUAGUUACAGUCACUCGGUAGUUGCUUGUUUAUGAUUAAAUGUUGCUAAUGUAAGGAACGUAUUUUUAUGAUGAUCUUUUUACAAACCGUGGUGACCUUACAAGCCAACAAACACGUAUACUAAU